GAUAGACGCAUGUUCGGCGGUCGUUUUCACUACGAACGACGGCUUCGAUUGAUGGAACAUAACAAUAACAAUGUCAUGUCCGCUACCAGCACUACUAGUACUCGUAGGAAACGCGAACUGGACUCGUCGGUUCCUGCUAUCGCUGCAGACAAGAAAGAUAGUUCCAAGAAAACCAGAAGGAACCCUUUUCUGGACUCAGUGAGCGAAAGCAGAGGCCAAGAUGAUGAUGAGGAUAAUAGGCUAGAACACACGGUGACAUUCCUGCAUUUUGUAGAAUCCCAGCAGCAUCUGGAAAAGGUACCACGGCGCGCUCUCCAGUAUCUCACAGAGUUUCUGGAGGCACAACAGUACCAAUCGCCUGACGAAUGCUACCACCAAUCUGCCAGAACUGCUGCAUCUAUCUUGUCCUGGGCUGUCAAGGCUCUAUUGGCGACUGCAGAGAAAGAAAAUACUCCACAAGUUUUGGAUGUGCUUCUAUGGAGGUCCUUGGCUGCCUCUCUGCGGAUCAUGGCGUCCUUAUCAUCCAGAAACAAUCAAAAGACAGGAAACGAAACCAUGCUGUUUGUGGUGGAAAACCAGAUACUUUCCGGCAAUGUCUUGUUGAAUCUCAUUCCUCAGGCGUCUGCGGUGGGAAACUCUGCAAACACCAAGGCCAGUGCUUAUGCAGCAACUUGUCACGGAUUGCUCAUUCGAUUGGACUUUGUACCUUCUUUCGAAAUGGUAUGCAAUUCGUACUUGUCUGGAAUUGUCAUAGACGAUGCCGAAAAUGGUGCUGCAGGGAAACUUUGUCAGCCCAGUUCCGAAAUUCUUGAAAUACUACACAUUGCAGCCAAGGCCAUCCAGAAAUUAAACCCCAAGAAAGCUUUUCAAGUCCUUGCCAAGCAAGAAACACUGUUGCAGUUCACGAGGCUGUAUCUGUGCUUGGAAGGAAAGCCAGGGAGAGGAGAGUUGGAAGAUAAAUGUCAAGACAUGAUCUUGAACACCAUUCUCAGCAGCUUUUUCGAUUCGGAUCACUGGAAUGGUUUCCACGGGCUGGUGGUAAAACUGGGCUGCAAAAUUGUGGACCUGGAAACCACGACAGCUGAUAAAGAACCCAUAACACCAUCAACGACACGACAAUGUUAUCAAGAAAGCCUUCUCCAAUCACUUGAAAACAUGCUAUUGGCACCUUCAACAGAGCAAAACAGUGAACUUGCCACCAGACUAUUCCCCCUGAUUCUUCAAAUCCUAUUUGAAAAGCUUUCAGAAGUGGAGAGGAAGAACAAACGACAAUACACUUCCUCGAGAAAAAAUGACGAAAGUACUUCACUGCAGCUCUUCUUCUUUGUCAACAUGACUUCUAUUUGUCUUCGAGCCAUGUCAAAGACAACAGCCACAGGCACAAUAAGGUCACACUGCAUGGAGUCACUGGAUCAGUGCUUGAAGCUAUGGUCACAAAAAGACCCCUUUGUGCUUCCCGAUGGACAACGUGGGCGAGAGCGGUAUCUUUGCUUGGAAUCCAUUGCAAGCGUGGUGCUCAAAAACACGUCCUAUGAACCAAAAUGGGCGGCAAUCAUCUUGAAAAGUCUUGUGCGUUUGGAACAUACUCUUGUCCAAGAAAGUGACAAGUUGGAGGCAAUCGUCCAUUUUGUUGUCGGGUCCAGCGGUGCCGCUGCACUCAAGCUGUUCGCAACAAUACUGGAAACGUUCGGAAGACUGCGGCAAUUCCAUCGCAUUGUUGUGACGCUGCUGCGGGUGGCAACCGCAAUAGCAACCCAAUCAGAUGCUUCAAUGCAAUUGAAAACCUUUACCGAGAUUCUCUCACAUAGCGACUCCAAAGAUGUCUUCGCUCGCAGUGUUAGGGGGAGCCCAAUUGUCGAGGCAAGGAAAAUGCUUGAAAGCCUGAACAGCUGGAUUGGACUGACGGCAGCAUGGAACAACAAUACCUCAGACGCAAGACGCAUGCUGUUAGAGUUUGGAGUCAGGCAGAUUGGCGUUGGGCUUCUUUGCAAUGUCAAGGUCGACGAGUCAACGGCUCCGAUUAUUGCACAUUGUUGCGAGAAGCUUACAGCUAUUUCUGUGAAGAAGCUAUGCAGUAGAAACCAUCAAGAGCUUGGAGUUUCGCUUUGUCGCUGGGCAACCAACUCUCAAAUGCGGUGUGCAUUUUGGCUGGGUCAUAAGUACAGCGAAGGCUCUGAAUUGGAAUCAUCCGCGACGAGUUGUAUUAGAGACUUAGUGUUGACGGCUGCAAUCGCAGAUUCUGACCCGGAAGCAAUCGAUGACAUGCUCUAUCUGGCAUCCUUUCGACUGCGAAGGCUUGAUUUCUUGAUUAGGAACCGGCAUCCACAAGAAGUCGAAACCCUCACGCUUCACUGGCAGUAUGACCAAGAAGCUAGGCGGAUUGCCAUGUUGAUGGCUCAAUGGGCAGAACGACCGGCACUGCAAGGUUCGGGUUGGCAGGUUGUCGCGAGAGUCCUUACCUCCUGGGUCCCUUACGCCACUGAAAACCAAAUUCAACGCUUCCUAGUCUGGAUCUUCUCGGCCAUUGCUGAAGCUCCUUCAGCACGAAGUGCCACGGCUCUCUCUCUUGUCAACGAUCCUUCUUUUUUGGAACUACCUGAAUUGUCUCUACUGCUGAAACCCUGUGCGAUCGCCACUGUCGCACAGAUGCUUGAGGAUGUCCCCAUCAUGAGAACAGCAAGCAACGCUAAGGGGCGCCGCAAGCAACCAGACGACGCUGAUAAUCGAUUUGACUGGCAAGUAUCAUGCUCCAAAGAACUGGAAAAAUUGCUCGCAAAGAUCAAUCUGAGCGCUGACGGCCUGGGCACAGAAACCAGGCAAGCGAGAACCACGGUGUUGGGGGCUCUACGGGUUGUAAAUGUUGUCAACGCCAAGCUGCAGAAUCUGCCGCACGCAUCUAUUCGAUACGCGCUAGCAGCUUUGCACCUCGAGGCGGCGUGCCGCGGCCGUCUUGGGGAUGAAGGAGCCAAAGCUGUGGACCUUAUCAGCUCACUUAGGCUAAUGUCCGCGAGGGAGUUUGCCUCCGCUGGACCGGAAGGAUUGAAGCUGUUUCCAGCAACGUCGGAAGGGAUCCAAAGUCUGCUGGGCGACAUUUCAGAGUCGUCAAUUCGCGCCCUUGGCGUAAUGGACGAUGGAACCUGCCGCAGUCGUCUCGUUUCCGCAACGGCAGAGUUGGCAACGUCACUUACGAGAUGGGGUCUAAAGCACACGUCCAACAAAAUUGCCUGGAAAGGUUUGUAUGGUUUUGUCAGAGAGAGGUUCGCCCCUCUAAAGCCAGCCAGCGAUGCGGACUCCAUUUUAGUCCUGUGCGCUCUGGCCAGAUCGGUGCUAUCUGCAUUCAGUAGCGUCGACGGUCAUGAUGCGUGGCCAGACCAUGAAGCGCUGGAAUCCUUGCUACUGCACCUGUUUGAUUGGGCAACGUUGUUAUCCAGCUACCCUCACCUCAAUUCAACCAAUUUACUGAGGGACCAGGUCUGUUUGCUGAUGUCGACACUCUUCCAGUUUGCCUCCAAUACUUCCCAAUCCACUGCGUCCCUCACCAACGCGGCAGGGUCCCUCUCGGCGAGGCUCUUUCCACUGGUGCUUCCGACCGAUGAAACAGUCCCUACCGGUAUGAGUGAAUCAGCAAUGAUCACGGUUGGAUGCUUCUCGAAUACAAAACCACCUCUCAGACAGCGACACUACCUAAUCGACCAACUCCUGCGAGGUGAUUUGAUAAGCAACGACAAGCUUAAAGUUGCAAUUAGCUCGCUGGUUCAUGAUAUGGAAGGGGAUUCACUGCAUUACGCCAUUUCCAACAUUCUCAGAAGCGAGCGCAAUGGUCUGUUCCAUGGCGUACUACUCUUCCCUCUUCUCGUUCAAAGCCUCCAGCAGAGUGAGCAGGUUGAGAUCGCACAUAGCUUUUCAGACACUGUCAAACACCAUUGUUUGGCUGCUUUUUCUCUUUUGGAUAACUGGGGCAGACCAGACGAGAGCAUUGCUGUUGUCUGUCGUACAAUGGUUGAUCUCCUACAAGAGAAACGAUUUCAGGCAGGGAUGAGUGAGAGGGAUAUUUCGGAGAUCAUGGCCAGCAUCUCGAAGGUUGUUGGUUCUGAGCAACUCCCAAACACCAUCUUUGUCUCGUGCUUCCACCUAAUGGCGGCUUUGAUUCAACUGCUACCCCAAAGAGUGCUCUCCUGCGUUACUUUGCUGGCAACGGUGCUUCAAUGCUUAUUGUUGCCAUUGCUAUCCGGCAAACUGGACGAAAGCAUGAUGAAGAGAGGAUGUCAAGAUUUCAGCAGACUCUGCGAGUUACUUAGUCCAAACAAGGACGUACUCAAGAAGCAUGCGCUAAGUCUGCUGCUCGAGUUGCUACACUACCUUGAGUUGGAGUCCAUUGUUUGGAGAAAGGAAUGCGUGACGUCUUGCUUGCUGCAUAUUGUGGGAUUGCUUUCCCAGUUUGAGAUUGAGCAACUCACAACGCAGACGACUCCGGCGGAAAAGAUAAUUUUUCGUCCCCUGCAUGAAAGCUACCAGAAGAAGCAUGCGCAUCAUGCUAGCUAGACAUUGCUUCUAACUGUCUCCUGCUGCAAAACUUGUGUAACAGAAGUCUUGAUGUGCUUUGAUCUAAACAGAUUAGUCGUUCAAUAGGUCCUACGGUAAAGUACCUGGUAGCGUGAGCAUUGAAGUCAGU